AUGUCGACAAAUGUUAUUGCAAAACAAAGUUCAACAGCAUCAACGACCAAUAAUACAUCAUAUAUUUCAAUGAUGACACCUAAUGUAUCUAGUAAUACUGGAACAAAUAAUAGCAUGAAUCGAAGACGUGAAAAUUCAAAUGGUGAAGAUUCAGGUGUUCAAAUAGAUCACGAUAGUAUUAGUAAAACUGCUCAUUCAUCAAUAACUAAGUCAUCUAAUAUAGUGCCUUCUUUAUUAUUAUCAACAUCAUCAUCAACGUCAAAAGCAAUCGGCACAACGACGGCGCCGAAUCCCCAUUCCGUAACUAAUUUCAGUGGCAAUAGUACGAUGGUCACGUCAUCGACUUUGAUUCCACCAUCGGCUGAAACAAAAAUAUCAUCAUUAUUACCUCGAAAAACUUCAAAUGCAUCUAGUUCAGGUGCCUUUUCUGAAGUAUCACGUUCCUUUGGUCACGAAGAAAAUUCUUCAGAUUCAUUCUAUGGUUUAACAUCAUCUUCAUUGUCGUCUCAUUAUGUUAUUAAAUGUACUUUAAAUACAACAACAACGACAACGAAUACAAAUACUUCGUCAAUGUCGACUCCAUCAUCGAUAUCGGCAGCACCGGUGAUAGUAACACCACGUGUUAAAGUAACUGUCCAACAACCAUCGAUAACAACUCCACCUUCACGUAUGGAUUCAUCAACAGAAUCAGUACCAUCAUCACUGUCGUCAUCGUUCUUUCUUAAAACUCCAAAAGCAAAUAAUAUACCGAUGUUUUCAUCGUCGCUUAUGACAACAAGUACAGCAUCAAGUGCACCGGAAUUUUCUAUAAGUGGUGCAUCAAGUAUUGAUGACUCGGAAGAAUUAGCAUUGUAUGAACAAUAUCUUUCAAUAUCUUAUGGAAGACAAUCAAAUCCUUCACCUGAAAUGCGAAAAAAAGCUGUUGACGAUCUAGCUAAAUUACAACAGAGAACAUUAAUUCGUAGUAAAAGUGAAGUUAAUACUAUACCAAUGGAACAACCACACGAUCAUCAUCAACAACAACAACAACAACAGCAGCAGCAGCAGCAGCAGCAACAACAACAAAAAACAACUAGUAUUCAAAUAAAAACGGAGCCCUCAUCAUACGUUAGUGAAGACGACGAUUCAACCAUUCGAGUAACAGCAACUCCUCAUUCGACAACAACCACAGAUAUGACCAAAAAGAAGAAAUCUAAAGCAGCAACCAUAGCAAAAGAUUUUAAAUCGCGUGCCGCUAAUUUAAUUAGACGUCGUACCACUGAAGCAACUGUAUCUGAAAAAAGCCUUAUACCAUCACGUGAUGAUGUCCAAUCAUGGGAAGAAUCAUUUGAAGCUCUUCUACGACAUCGAUAUGGACAAGCCUUGUUUCGUGCUUUCCUACGGACAGAAUUCAGUGAAGAAAAUCUUGAAUUUUGGCUAGCAUGUGAUGAAUUUCGUGCUUGUAAAGAACCCAAACGAUCAGCAAAAGCAAAAAAAAUCUAUAUGGAUUUUAUUGCUAUUGGUGCCCCAAAGCAAGUGAAUCUUGAUACUGAAACGCGUAUGUCAACCAUAGCUAACAUUGAUAAUCCACCAUUAGAAACAUUUGAUCGAGCUCAAAGACGUAUUCAAGGUUUAAUGGAAAAAGAUCCUUAUCAGCGUUUUCUUAAAUCCGAACUAUAUAUAAAUCUACUGCGUCGUACAGCUUAUCCAGUGCAACGACGAACAACAGCAGAAGUAACAUCAAAAUCGUCCUGA